AUGUGGAUGCCUGCUUGUUACAUGGUCGUCUUCUUCUGUUUCUUGGUGUGCAGGUUAUGGUCUAUGCAUUGCAGAAAGAUUCAGUUGAAGAAAGACAGUGUCUCGAACCCAGUUUACAACUACCAGCCGUGCGACCACCCUGGCCAGCGAUGUGAUGACACAUGCCCAUGCAUUAUGGCUCAGAAUUUUUGUGAGAAGUUUUGCCAGUGUAGCAGUGACUGUAAGUUGGCCAAAUCUUUUUUCUUUCUUUUUUCCUUUCCUUUCUUUCUUUUUUCCUUUCCUUUCUUUCUUUUUUCCUUUCCUUUCUUUCUUUUUUCCUUUCCUUUCUUUCUUUUUUCCUUUCCUUUCUUUCUUUUUUCCUUUCUUUUUCCUUUCCUUUCUUUUUUCCUUUCCUUUCUUUUUUCCUUUCCUUUCUUUCUUUUUUCCUUUCCUUUCUUUCUUUUUUCCUUUCCUUUCUUUCUUUUUUCCUUUCCUUUCUUUCUUACAUUCUCUUUCUUCUUUCUUACAUUCUCUUACCUUUCUUUCUUUCUUUAUUUUUUAUUUAUUGUUUUAACCCACCUGACCAUUCCCUUUCUGGCAUAA